GCGGCGCCCCGGAGCUGGCCGCGCUGCCGGCGCCCUCGCCGGUGGACGAGGCGCUGCUGAGCCGGCUGCUGGCGCAGAGCGCCGGCGGAGCUGAGCCGCGUCCGCUCGACCAUCUGCAGGCCUGCCUGCACUCGCUCAAACAGGAGAUGAGCGCGCUUCAGACGCAGAUCCACCAGACGGACCAGCCCUGGCCAACGUUCCCAGGGUCCGCUACCAGCGCCGAUCAGCCGCCGUCGCCGGCCGGUACUGCCAGCGAGCCCUUGCUGAGCCCCCAGCCGGCAUCGCAAGGGAGCGCACCAGAUCCCGGCGCGCCCCCACCGCUGGCUCCCGCCGAUGCGGUGACGUCGGCGGCGCUGCCGAACGGCGCUCUGGCGGCGGGGCGCGCGGCGCCGGCGGACGGUGCGGACGGCGGCGGCGGCGGCGGCGCGCCGGACGACGGCCACCGUCUGCGGGCCUACUUCGCGUCGGAGGAGAGCGCCCCGCCCGCCCGGCGCGAGAAGGAGACGGACGUGUGAGGGAGGCGCUGGUGAGCGGGCCGACCGUGCGCGCCCACACGGACUCAGACGGCUCCCGGCUCAGACGGCGCGCCAC